AAUUUCCCUGACGUGCAAACUGAUCGAGACAUAAUCUACAAUAUUCCUCCUGCUGUUGAAAAAUUAAAGAUCCACAAAAACAAUUAUAAAGUGAGUGAAUCCGUGCCGGUGAUCUGUUCUUGUGGAGAUCGGUUUGCCACUCUGUUAAUUAAAAGGCGCAAGCGCUACAUCGUUCCAACUUGCGUCAGGGGGGUGCGGUUGUUACCAUGGAUCCCAGUGUACUCGCCACCAUGGACAAAGACGCACUGAAGAAGCAGAUUGAGAAUAUGAAGUACCAAUCUACCAUGGAACGGUGGCCAUUAUCAAAAAGCAUAGCGGCGAUGCGAGAGUACGUCGAGGAAAAUGAGAAAAAUGAUCCGUUGAUUCAUGCACCCGACAAGAAGAACAAUCCAUGGGCUGAGAAAGGAAAGUGCAUAAUCAUGUAAAAGACGAGUAGCUAAAACUAAACAGAGUAAUCAGAUAAAUGAGCAUUGUGAGGAUGAGAUUUUACAGGAGAGAACAAAAUAUAUCAAACAAAUCGCAAGGAAAUGAUUGACCAUGCGUGGGUUAUGAGGAAUUAUUCUUAUGAAUAGUGGAAAUAUUUGGGAUGAGGUGGAAAGUGAGUUGGAGUGUGAAGAAGAUGGAGGGUGGAAUUAUUUGGAAAAAACCCCAGCUCACCCAGUGAUCAAUUUACAAACUGAUUGGUCCUGCACUGAUUGGUCAAAGAAAUAUGGAAUUUCUCAGUGAAAUUUUUUAUCUGAAUUCUCCCAUAAUCAGCAUUGAAAUAAAGAACAAUCGAAUUGGAAAAUAAAUUGACUCUGCGUGAUUUGCGGGUGAGGAGGAAUGAAUAAUUUUCGAUAAUAAAUAAAAGGAAUGGCAGAUUAAAUGGUUAUAUAAAUUUAAACAUUCUCAUCACGUCGCCAAUUGUUUGUCAUCGCCAUUGCGAUUUAUUCAUUCGAAUAUGAAAGAUUGAAUUGAAAGAAUUUCAUGAUUGAAUCUUACGUUCGUGGAAGGAAAGUCAUUCCAGCGAAUUAAUUACAUUAAAUUAAUUCUAAUCGAAAUAACUGAUAAACUGAAAAUAAUUAUUGUAUUCAUUUGCACUAUCACAAAUAUUCAAUCAUCUAUCUGAUAUUAAAUUAUAAGCAAAAUGAAAAACAGAAGUUGAAAUAGCUGACGACUUUAAAUUUGAUGAAAUAUCCAAAAUUACAUAUACAUAUUAUAUAUAUUCAUAUACGUUAUUUAUUAAUGAUAACAAUGCGACUUAAAAUAAUGAUAUUAUUAUAUCAGAGCGAUUUCUUACGGUAAAAUAAAACAUGUGUCAUGUGUUAAUUCGUGUAACGCCAUGAAAAAAUAAUAAACCAGUCGAAAUUGGGUAGUAACUUGAAACUGAUGGAAGGAUUGAAUAUCUCGUAUGCCUCGUUAUCACAAUUACUCAUCAAUUCACACAGAAUGUUAGCAUGAAAACAAUGUGUAGGUUCAAUCAAUACAAUUUGAUUAUUGCUCCUUACUGCCGUUGUAACGAGGUAAAUUGUAUAAUAAAACAUUACGAGACAAUGAAAUGAUGAACAAACAAAUUUCAAUGCAUACGUGCUAUCUCUCUGGGUGUCGCUCAAUGCAAUCAAUAAAAGACAGAACUCUGAAUUACGAUAACAAUGGAAACAUUGAUUAAGUAUACCAAAUGAUUCACUUAACGAAUUGACAAUUGUCUGGAUCUUGAUUAAGUGGUGAAUCAAAUUAAAAUUUGCUCGCUGACGUUUUUGUUAGGCUUGACAAUGUUUUUAUUUUAAAAAUUCAUUGAAUUUUCGAUACAUUCGUUUUAAGAGUUACGGCCAAUGUUACUUUUGAAAUGUUAUUAUUAACUAUUUAUUGAACGGUUCACCAGGGUUCGACAACAAGGACCAUGAUUUUGAGACCAAAUUUUAAGUAAAUCCAUUUUUUUUUCUUCCACUAUCUGUUCUUCGUAUUAUUUCGCCUAUCCCUGUACGUCAAUAGGAUAUUCAUACUGAAGACA